AUGGACCGCCUACGCGACCUGGCAACUCAAAGACGCGUCGAUUUUCACUUGCGAAUCCCCAAGUCCCUCUCCACCACGUCGCUCAUGCCCCACAAAGCUACUGAUGGUGAUGACGGUGGCGAUACGAACUCAGCAGUCAGCUCAACCAGUGCCAAUGCUGUCUUGGAACCAACAACCUGUCUGACUGGCAACUCACACCCUGCCAUGCCCUCACUUCACCUCGACAAACCUCCCGUCCAUUCCCUUCCUUCUUCUGACACCAAAAUCGCCCAGUCCCAGUCCAAAGCUGGAAACGGUAUGCCCUUUGAUACCAGCCUGCAGACCUCCAGCAUCAAGAAGCCCGACAAGAAGCCCAAGAUGAAGGGGAAAACAAAGGGAAAGACAGCACUGAAGGGAACCCAAGCUGUCAUUGCCCAAGACAACGUCAUCGCAAAUAGCGGCCUUGAGGUCUCACGUCGCAUGAAUGAGUGCGCUCGUGAUGUCCUAGAGGCCAACCAGAUCAUCAAGCGAAAGGAGCACGAGAUAGCUGCCAUCUCCACAAAGAUCGACUCGAUCAAGGCCAACUUUGAAAACGCCAGCAAGCACCUGCAGAAGGCCCAGGCGAUCGCCGCCGAAGCCAUUGACAACAGUGUUUCCGAGCAAUUCAGGCGCAAGGAGGAGGCCAAUCUGGUCAACAUCCUCAUGGGCAUGACGGAAGCUAUCGCAAAAGGAAAUUCCCACAAUUGGUCCAGGGCGAAGGUCAACAAGUCCCUUGAGGAUUUAGAACUGGUCUACAGCAGGAACAAACACUAUUGCCAGUCGCCCAUGGUCAGCAGUGGGAUCGCACAUGUGGCGAAGCACUUCAUGUUCCACACAGACUACGAGGACCAGUUCCAACCGAUGCUCUUCCACCUAGCUAAUCAAAACGACUACAGUGCCUUUGUGGAACGCUCUCGCAGGGAGGACCAGCAGUUUGCCACACAGCAUCACGUCGACUAUAGCACUCGGCCGAGCACUGCUCCGAAGCCAAAGACCAGUAAGACCACCUUGAACGGCGAGGUGCUCGCUGAAAAUGCCAAAGGCAAGCGGAACGUUGACAUGCCCUCAUUUGGAGAGUUGGAUGGCGCAGCAGAUGUCGCUCGGGCCACGUUUAACAAAUUGAAGCUGGAGCCCACUGAGAAGGCUACGGCCCUGCCGCCUCGAUCCUCCUCCCUGUCGUCGUCAAUUAACCCAAUCCCGGCAUGUGUGUUUCCCCAGACAGAUGUUCAUCAGACACCAGGAGCAGCUGCACCCCCCAACCCCUGCGGUGACGCCGCCUGCUCUUUCAAGCGUUUUGACGAGUUGAAGACCCACGACGACCUGAUCGAGUUUGCGAAUGGGCUCUGCUCUAAGCCAGAGCCACGGCCCGAAGUGAGACCCAACCUGAUGGCCGCAGCCGUCCUCGAGUCCAUCGCUGGUGUGGAGGCCACAUACAAGGAUGGAAUGGCGGAAUGUUACCCGGAGGUCAAGAAGGAGGUCGCGUCGGCGAUCAAGAUCAUGCACCAGCUGAAUAAAGAGCAUGUCAAGUCUGAGGAGGUCGCCCAAAAGCUCAGCACCGUCGGUGAGAAGCACGGCUACUGCUUCAUCCAGCCUUCCAGGGUCAUUGACGGACGAGUGCGUGUUGAGGUGACGACGAGCUGCUGUUGCCCGGACUGCACGAGCGACAUGGCAACACGCAAGGAAAGUGGCCACGAGAGCAAGGCUACUCAUGACGAGGUGACGCCCCAGGGAGAGACUGCGCGUGGGAACGAGGACGUGGACCUGCUGUGGAAGGCUUUUGUCUCGGAUGCCAGCAAUACUGAGCGCUAA